AAGUUUUUAUAAAAAAGUGGAACAUUUUCUUGAUCUAAACAAAGAAAAUCGCACAUUCCAAGCCUGACUGUUAAACAAUACAGAGCUCCUUUAUUUCUACAUAAAAGGAGGCGACGAAAUUAUGUGAAGAUUGUCGAUUAAUGGCCAAAUUAUCGGAGAACUCUUCCACAACCAAGUGUUUAUAAUCUCACAUUUUGAAAUGGUUAGUAAAAUGCAUUCAUCUUCGUCUUCACCGCCCAGUUCUCCAACAUCACCAGUGUCUCCAAAAUCUCCUUCAUCGAAGAAAUGCCUAAAGGAAAAGAUAGCAGGGAUUUACGAUUCUUUUCUAGAGGGAACAGAUCCAUCUUUUGGAAAUACUAACUUCUGGCAUGAACUCUUCUUGCUCAAGGUUAAUGCCAUAUAUUUGGAGAACAGAAUAGAUGAAAUGACUUUGGAAGAGCUCAUGGCUGUGAAGGAAARUAUAAAUCUGCUGUUUGCACAAUGCUGUAUUGCUCUUCAUGGUGGACAUCAGAUCAAGGUGGUCAAUGCAUUACAGACUUUAUGUGCUUUAGUGCAAGCUGUCUUCAGAAAAAAACUUGCUGACCUCGGCUUUGAUGCAAUCAAUAUUUUAAUUGGUUUUGAUGCUGCUGAGGCACAAAUGCAGGGUCUUUUAGAAAGUCUGCAUACGUUUAUAGUGGGAGAUUUCCCAGUGAGUUUAAAGAAUCUUGCCCUGAAACUGGCAUUAAUCUUAGUAACUGCAACUGAUAAUGUCAGUCAAAACACAAUAGUGGAAUACAUAAUGAUAAACAGUGUUUUUGAAGCCAUUAUUCAGAUUCUUGCAGAUCCAGUUGCUAGGCAACAGCAUGGGUAUGAGGCUAUGCUGUUACUCACUAUUUUGGUCAACUACAGAAAAUAUGAGGCGUCAAAUCCCUACAUUGUGAAGUUGUCAAUCCUAGAUGAUGAGCUGGCUCUAAACGGACUUGGGUGUGUCAUAUCAGCUGCAUUAACAAACUACAACAGAAAACACCACRCUAAACUAGAACAAGCAAGUGGUGGUAUUUUGAACAGCAUCACAAGUUUUGUWGGAAGUAUGUUUGUUGGUGAUGAUGAAAAUGUGGAAUCUAUCAGUACAAAUGAUGCUGUCUUACUGGCUCUCUACGAAGCUGUUCAUCUGAACAGAAAUUUUUUCACAGUGUUAAGCCAUGUGACGACAGUACCUUCUUCCAGCCCUCCAGUAUCGCCAACAGCAGCCCACCCUGCCGUCGAGAGACCAGCACAUGGUGUUGUAUCAGAAGAGUUACCAGCAGACCUUAGUCAGCCAACAAACAUCCUYGUAACAUUCCUUACUUAUUCCUCCAUUGCUUUUCAAAGUACCAAAGAGGAAAAAGGGAUCAACAAUGCAAGACUCUGUUUUAUUAUCUUAACUUGCAUAGUAGAGGAUCAGUAUGCCAAUGCCUUUCUUCACGACCCCAAUAUGAUCUUUUCUGUACCUUUGCAUAGAGUACACAUGCAUCACCGAAAACCUGUCAUAGAAAGUGCUCCAUCCAAACCCUUAGCAUGUGCUCUCUUAGAUCUCAUGAUAGAGUUCAAUGUUACACACAUGAUGAAAAACUUGCAGGCUGAGCUAUACAGCAAAGCACUUGGUGUAAUUCAUCGCAUGCUAUGCUACCAGAAGCGAUGUCGUGUUCGUUUGGCAUACUCAUGGAAGGACUUAUGGAUGUCGCUGAUGAAUCUCCUUAAGUUUAUCCUCUCCAAUGAAACACAUUUGGUCAAGAUUUGCAACAUCUUCUCUCUUGCUUCGCAGGUUGUCAAUAUAUUCAAUCUGUUUAUUACAUAUGGAGACACGUUUCUACCUUGCCCCACAUCAUAUGAUGAGUUAUACUAUGAAGUUAUUCGAGUGCAUCAAAUAUUUGACAACCUUUAUUCAAUGGCUUUAAGGCAUUCAACAAAUGGUGGUGAAUGGAAGGAUGCAGCAAGCAAAUUAUCUGGAUCACUGGUUAAUGUCAGAGCCAUCGUCAAUCAUUUCACCCCUAAGAUAGACUCUUGGGCUGCUGUCAAUCAUGUGUCUACCAUGACAACAGAGCAGGUACUUGAGGUCAUUCGAAGUAAUUACGACACAUUGACCCUCAAACUCCAAGACAAUUUGGAUCAUUACGAAAAGUAUUCAGAGAAACCCAAAGAAUCAUCCUUCUUUACGCAGUUGGUACGUUCAAUUGUUGGCAAUGUUCGAAAAAGCAUCUCAGUAAAUAAUCUUGAGCAAUUUAGCCUGCUUCAAGAAUUCUCAACUAUCCACUAAUAAAAAUCAAGAAAAAAUAGCUAGUAGAAAUUGGUAAUCUUCUCGUGAAUGGAGAUUCCAGCCACUGUCUGUCUCUUCAGAACGUUGGAUGAAUGUUGGGCUCAUUUGUCGUGGGAGCUUUUCACAACACAACAAUUUGGCAACAUUCUACCAAUGUUGGCUAAAUGCUGGGUCAAAUGUUGGGCAUUUUUUAGGUCCUUAACUAUGAAAAGGAGAAGGCAUGGAUUCCUCCUGUUUUACUACUCAGUUAAUAUUUAAAUAAAAAGGAAAAAAAAUUAUUAUCUGCUCUGAAACUUCUAAGAAACUUUGAUCCUAUACUUUAGGUCAUGCCCAAAUAGUAAUUACUUGUAGAAUAGAAUAGACCCCUUGCAGAACAUCGGAAUGCAGCUCAAUUUGGAGGACUUGAUAGUUUUCCAAUAUUCUCAUGAGAUUGAAAUUCUCUUUUUUGUCCUCCAAAUUGAGCUCCUUUUGUCACAUGUGAGGAUGUAAUUUUUUGUAAAAGAAACAAAAUAUGUCAAUAUGUAAGGUAACAACUAAAUACAAGUAGCUCUUAUUUGCCUUUGGUUAAAUGAGAGCAAAAGCUAUAAAUACAGGGAAAAAGAACAUAGACUUGUGGCUGACUUGUGAGGGAUAAGGAUGCACAAUGUAAUAGAUAAUGCUCUCUGCAGGUGGGGAAAGUGUGUCCCUAUUUAAAAAUGCUAAAUGUCAAAUGUGUAAUAUUAUUGUGAAAUUGCAAAAAUAAAGUUUGAAUAAGAUAUUAA